CAUGUUUGCACACAUGUUGCUUUAUAUUCAAAUGAAUGAAUAUGGCAUCAUUUCUUUCAAGAUAUGUGUCUCUCAUGAUCAGCAUAAUGUGUGUUCAGCUUGAUCCAGCAAUUCAAACAUAUAUUUGUUUUCUAUUGUUAUACUGUCAGUGUGAUGUCAAUGUGAUCCCAGUAAAGCUUAGCAAUUGUUUCAAACAUCAAGCCUUCCAUUAUAUUCAAUAUUUUAAUGACCAGGAUCUGGAUAUGUGUGAAUUACCAUACCAUAACAGGAUGGACAAUAAAAUAGCAUUGUUAAUGCCCAUAUAUGGUGAUACGAGGAUGUCUAUAAAACUGAUGAAUAAUGCUCGAAACGGGUGGUCUAAAUAUCAUCCUGUUGUAUGUAUAUAAUGUAAUUAAUUUAGUUUAAAUUAGAUUAAAAUAUGACAUGAUGUGAUAUAUAAAGGGUGUAAUGAAUAUGUUGAGAAUAUUCUCUUCAUGUAAAC